AGCUAGCUGGUAGCUUGUUCGCUAGCGGCGUUUUCGGCUGGCGUAGGACUGUGAUGAUGAUUCGCUGAUCACCCUCGUAAAAGUGAGACCUCACUUGACUGGUGGAUACUUUAAGUGCAUGUUGGAGAUGGUGACUAGGGUGGUUCUGUUUGCUACUCUGACUAGACUGUGGGUUGACCUUUGUCUGGCCCACUACUCUCUGUAUAUAUCGGAGGAGAAUUUGCAAUCCUACUAUUCAAAUUCAGCGUAUGCGGAUCUCAUACAAGGACAGUUUGUGCCUAUAGUGGAUGAUGGAGAGGUACUAAUAGGUGAUGGUGGGGCUCUGCUACUCAUUGAAGUAACAAGUGGAUCUGGAGUAUCAGGGUCUGGGUACAGUCUGUCACCUGGACAUGACGUUACGGGCAGGUCACUGGAUUACUCCUCCGUGAAAAGCCUCCCUCCCUUUCCUGCUCAUGUGGACACAGUCAACUUCACCUGGAUUUCUAAAACUAUGAUCAAUUACACACUGCGUGCAACACAAGAAGGUGGCCAGCUCUGGAAUCCAUCUUUCGGAGUUCCAAGUACUGGACUUAUUCCACGCAACUUAUCAAGUCUUCAGAUGAGAGCUCAAUGUCGUCCUCUUGCCAUGGAAACUGGUAGAGUGCACAUGAAUCUUACCACCUUGAUAAACCAGUCAGAGGCCCUCGUUUAUUUUUUUCUUGACAAAUCUUGCAAUGAUGUACCCUAUAUUUUUUCCUCUACAGACACUGUGAUGCCCUCCCUAUCUACUGUGAUUCAAGCCUCAGUUACACAGGAAUUAAACUCUGUAACUAGUCACAGCCUGCCCUUUUCACUCUCAGUGCUGUUAAUGACUACAUCUCGAGUUCCUGUCUUUUCUCCAACACCGACUGUUCUUCCUCAUCCACUGGCCUCCGCCCCUAUUCUGGCUACCCCUGGACCAGUGUUUUUUUCUUCACCCAUUGCUUCUUCUGUCACUGCCUCCUUCCUUAGCCACACUCCUGUUCUUGUCACAGACAUGCCAUCUCCAUCAUCAUUACCUACUGGUGAACCCUCCCUCUCUUCUUUGAGUGUAGUCUCCACUGCUUUAGUGUCUCCCUAUCUAUCAUCUUCCUCAAUACACCGUACUCUACCACCCUUAGUGGAACUGUCCUCGUCUCUGAUUUCCACAUCUAUAGCGUCAUUGUUUCUGUCAACUUUUAAUAUCUCACCAUCUACUACUUCAUCAUUUUCUCUGUCCACUUUUAAUCCCUCACCAUUAACACCAUUGUCUUCUUCAACACUUCAAAUCUCUCACCCUUUAUACCCAUCUACUACAGUAUCUCUUUCAACAUCAUCUCCAACCAUCAUGUCAACACCUUUGUUCCAGUCAAGCACAUUAUCUGUAGAAGGUUCCAUGUCAACAUCGGCAAUUAUUGGAAAUAGUUCUGUUCGGUCAAAAGAAAUAUCUACUGCAAAAGUUUCAUCUUCUAUCAUUCUUACUAUCCCUGGUCCGGGGGAUUCUAGUUCUCAGCUGCUGAUUUUGGUGUGUGCUCCAAUUGGGGGAAUACUUGUGGCGUGCAUAUUGCUCUCUCUCUGCCUAGUUGUGUGUUUCAAAUUUAAAACUUCCAAGAAAGGAGCAAUGUAAGUGUUUGCAUAAAGUAUAGAGUAUAAAGUAUACGAUAGCAGCAAAGUGGUAUCUAAUGAGGCUUGUAAAGGGUUGUAACUCUGUAUGCUUAACACAUUGUUUUAUCUGCUGUGUUUAGUCAAGUGUUUAGUGAUGAUCCACUGGACAUGGUACACACUGUGCCGUAUAGCCCAUCCGCUGUGAAUGAAUUCACUAAGAAGGCACCACCUCCUCUCUCAUUAUGGAUGUCUCUACCAUGGGGAUAUGUCGGUAGCUUACCACGAUCUCUCCAAACCUUAGUCACUCAGUCGGGAGUUGACCGCAAGAGUCUGUCCAUCAUUGACACCAUUUCCAGAGGUGAAUGUGGAAGUGUGGUGUCAGGUCAGCUGAACAACAUUAGGACUGAUGUGAUGUCAGGCAGCCAGUCAGUGAUAAUCAAGAUGCUUACAGGAUUUCCCGAGGGGAGUAGACGAGAUGAAGUGGUGCGAUUCCUGGAGGCAUCCACUCUGAUGAAGGGUAUCAAGCACCAGAACAUUCUCUCGGUGCUUCGUGUCAGUGUGGAAGAUAACCAUGUGCCCCUUGUUGUUUAUCCUAUGGUGGAACAUUGUGAUAUGUACAGAGUCAUCAAACUGGCUUCUGACCCAGAGCACAGUGUGCUACCACCUCUAACAGUAGUGUUGACCCUGGAGCUGGCAAUACAAAUAGCUACUGCAAUGAACUACCUCGGUGAACACUCCAUUGUCCAUCCUGACCUUGCUCUCCGAAAUUGCGUAUUGGACAGUGGUUGCGUAGUGAAAAUAUCAGAUGGGGCACUGGCUCAGCAGUUCCACCCUGAGUGCUACUACACCUUGUUUGGUGCAACUAGACCAGUGAGAUGGGCAGCAGUAGAGACACUGCAAGAGGGACUCUGCACUGUUCGCAGCAAUGUCUGGUCUUAUGCGGUGACAGUGUGGGAAAUCUUAACUUUUGCAGAGAUGCCAUAUUCAGAAGUGAACAACAACCGUUCUAUACUUUCUACCAUCAAGAUGGGUGCUCGUCUUCCAAGACCAAACACUUGUUCAGAAGAAUUGUAUACGCUCCUUUGUACUUGCUGGAAUGAAAGAGGAGAAGAACGACCAAGUUUCAAGACAAUUAUCGGCCAUCUCAAACAUCUUCUGAGCCAGCUCUCCAAUGAACAUCCUGAUGGUGUUGAAGAACUGUAUGUUAGAAAAAGGAGCUCUUCAAAUGGCAUUGGAAAAUCGGUCAGUCGUGAUAGACUAUCUCAUGGCGGUGAGUCUCCAAGAUCACGAAAUCAUAUCCCAGUUCGUGAAGCUUCAAUGGGGAGCUUGAAAAGGGUGAGCAUGGCCAGUAUGAUGUCUCGAGGCAGCACAGCUGAGAAACUAAGCGUCACAUUCAGUAUCCUUAGUGGCGCAGAUGCAUCUGGAAGUGAUUCAGAGGAUGAGGCAAACCAAAGUCGUGGCUUGGAACUACAAAACUUUACAGACCAACAUGAAAUGCAAAGCAUUCUACGACAAGUGAGUACCUCCUUUAUUGAUUCUCCUGUCGAGAAGGUCCGACCCCGAGUAGAGGUAAAAGAUGAAGCAAACUCUUCUGUCCACACCACCACAUUAUCAGACAUCAGCUCACGUACUCUAGUGCCACCACCCCUCGAAAGUCCUGUCAGAUCACCCAAACUGUGUAUAGCAGGUGACGAAACAAGUCUAGCGUCUUCGAACCCUGUCAGCCUAACACCUCCACCAAGCCAAACCGUUGAUUCACAGAGUAAAACGUCGACAACUGACUUAGAGUCAGUGAGCACAGCACCCUACACCUCGUCUCCUCAGCACGGCACGGCAUUUCUCUACCCAUCUACGUUCGGCAGUGGAUUUGGUGUGAUGAGCAACUCGGAGAGGGGAGACCAAUCACCACUUGUCGUUGGUCGCAGAGCUCACAGUCACACCUCCCACUCACCUGCAUUAUUACCAUCUCAACCAUCGGCGAAAUCAACAGACUCGGGCAUACGCAGUGAUGAAGACAGUGAAGCCACCCAUUCCCCCAAUACAUCCAUGCAGUACGCCCCGAAAGCGACUAACAGCCGUAACGCAGGUGCUACAAGUGAUGGCGGACUGGCAGACUUCUCCAGUUCUCUCUUUGCUGCUUUUGAUACUUGGGGCAAUACCUAAAGCUAAUAUACAGAUUUUUUUUUAAAUUGUGUUCAUGCAGUGUGCCAUU